AUGAACACAAAUAAUUGUGAAUAACAAUAAUUUUUAUAGGAAAUACCUGAAUGCUAGAAGGUGAAAGAAGAAGACUAACCCAUUAAGUGCCAUAAACUAUGCAAGCAUGAUGGAAAUUGCAUUAUUAACGCAGUAGGCGGCUUUAUAAAAUCAUUAGGAAUUGGACUAGGAGUAAAGACCAUCACAAAUAUUCUAUUCUUUUUGCUUUCAAAGAAAAAGAGUCUACAAACUUUUAAAGCACUAUUUCUUACAACAUAAAAUAUUUAGCUACCCUUAUUCCUAGCUACAAUGACAGGGACUAUGAGGGGAGCUAUUUGUAUACUCCGCUAUUUACGUAAAAAGGAAGAUGGAUACAACGCAUUUAUCAGCGGGUUUAUAGCAGGUUUUUUAUCCUUAUAAAUGAUUGAAAAAAAAAGCUGGUAUGUUUGGAAAAUGUUCUUUUUCUCUAGGUGCAUUGAUGGCAUUUAUAACCAUUACUGCAAUAACGGCACAAUUAAAAAGAAAGUUAUCCACUAUUCUUAUGGUUACAUGAUUUCCUCCUUCCUUAUUGCUUAUUGCUACUUUUUAGAGCCUUUCUUACUCAACAAGUCUUUAGUAAAACUUUAUAAUAAUUUUGCUUAACUAGGAUAAAACGAAAAGCUAUGGCAUUGGUGUUCAAUUAUUAUGAAUGCUAACCAAAUUUCUAGCAUAGGUUUGUGA